CUUGUCUCCGCUGUUGUAGUGGAUCAGUAGAAUAGAUGUAUUGUUGUUAUUCUGUUAAACCCAUUCAGUAGCAGGUAGUAAAAACUUUAACAUGUCAAAUGGGAGAAACCGGUGAAGCUCCAGAGAAACUAAAAAGACAACAAAGCUCCAGAAACUCGAGGAGGAAGUUUUCUGUUGAUGAAGAACAGUCUCCCUUCGAGAAAAACAGCAGCAGUCUGAGACGGUCACUUCGUAGAGGAAGCUCCUUCUCCUUCCUCACCCCUAGACCACAAUGGGACUUCAGUCUGAAACGGAAACGCAGAGAGAAGGAUGACAGCGACGCAGUCAGCCUGUGCAGCUUCGACUUUAAGGGUUAG